AUGGCUUCAAAAUCUCAUGUCACAGCUGCAGUCCUCAUCUUCCAUUUGCUGUUCUCUUCAUUAGUUUCUGGCCAAACCCCUGGCUCAGUGCCCGUGCCUCCACCUCCUCCGCCACGCAUCGGGCUUCUCCCAUGUGUUAUUAACGUGGUAUCCCUAGCUAUUUGCGCUCCGGUGGUGCUCGUCCUGAAACUCAUCGGUAUCGGAAAUCCCAAUGGGCCCUGCUGUACCCUCAUCAAAGGCCUGUCAGCGAACCAGGCUGCUUCCUGCCUUUGCCUCGCGGUCAGGGCGAACAUCCUGGGUAUCAACAUUACCAUCCCAGGCGAUACCGGGCUUCUUCUGAAAUUAUGUAACGUGACCCUGCCGAUUGGUUUGGGCUGCCCCACCUAG